AUGGUGGGCAGUGUGUGGGCAGCUCUGGGGCUUUCCCUCACCUGCAUCUCGGCCGUCAGCCUCGUCUCCCCUGCCUGGUUCCAGACCACCACCUUCUCCUUCGGUGUCCUCGCCUACUGCUCCUGGCCUCAAGGUAACAGCUGGAACCAGAGCUGUGGGACCUUCCAGUCCCUGGAUGAUAUUCCUGACUUCGCCUGGAAGGUUUCAGCUGCAAUGCUCCUUGGAGGCUGGCUCCUAUUGGCUUUCAGUGCAAUUCUCCUCCUGUCCUGGGCCCUUGCCCCCAAAGGACUGUGUCCACAGAGGGGCAGUGGUUCAGUGCCAGGGGUACAAGCUGCAGCAGCCAUCGCCACCAUCGUGGGCCUGCUGGUUUUCCCCGUCAGCUUGGCCUCGCCGUUCGCCAAGGAAGCCUGCGUAGCCUCCUCCAUGUACCACGGUGGUCAGUGCCAGCUAGGCUGGGGCUAUGUGACCGCCAUCCUCAACGCAGUCCUGGCCAGCCUCCUGCCUGUGAUCAGGCAGCCCCACGUGACCGAGGUCCAGCGGAGGACCAUCUUCUUCUCCAGUGACACUGGGAGCAUCAUCCUUGUGCCAGAAACGACCAAAUAA